UUGAGAUGUAUGACCCAACCCUAGUUAUAUGUACAGUGCUGCUCAGCAUGAUGCCCACUAUUGAUGGAGGGAAGAUUCUAGUGUUCCCAUUGGAUGGGAGUCACUGGGUGAACAUGAAAGUCCUCAUAGAAGAGCUACACUCCAAAGGCCACGAGAUUACAUUGAUACGGCCUGAAGAUAACUGGUACAUUAAGGAGAAGUCCUCUUUUUACACAUCUAUCACCAUUCCCAACACAGGUGGAUUUGAAGAGGAAUUCUUUUCUACAUUUGUGUCCCGACAACUGGAUAUACAAAGACAAGGAUUGUCUUUUUUGUCCCAGAUUUGGUCUCGUAUCAAAAUUGAGAUGGAGGUACACGAGCAGUUCUUCAAGUUCCACAAGAGGAUGAGUGAAAUGGUCGUUGAGAUAUUUGAAAACGAAGAGCUUAUUCAAUUUCUCCAGAAAGCUGAGUUUGAUGUGGUUUUAACAGAUCCGAGCAUCGGAGGGGGAACAAUGUUGGCUCAUCAUCUCCGCAUCCCUCUUGUGUUCAACGUCAGAUGGACAAUUCAAGGUGAAGCUCAUUUUGUUUCUGCCCCAUCACCUCUCUCAUAUUGUCCUUUCACUGCAACACAACUGACUGACAAGAUGACUUUCCCUCAAAGGGUCAUAAAUAUUUUGGCUUAUACAAUGGGGACUUACACGAUGGCCUCAAUAACUGAACCUAAUUAUAAACCUUUAGUCCACCGCUACUUUGGUCCUGAUGUAGAUUAUUCAUGGUUUUUCCAGGAAGCUGAUAUCUGGCUGAUGAGGAAUGAUUUUGUCUUUGAGUUUCCUCGUCCUACCAUGCCAAACUUUGUUUACAUUGCUGGAUUUCAAUGCAAGCCUGCCAGGCCCCUGCCUCAAGAUCUAGAGGAGUUCGUCCAGAGCUCCGGGGAGCAUGGGCUCAUUGUGAUGUCCUUAGGUACGAUAGUGGGACAGCUUCCUUUGGAUGUAACUGAGGAAAUUGCAGCAGCUUUUGCUGAAGUCCCCCAGAAGGUCAUCUGGAGGUACAUUGGACCAAGACCCAUUAACCUGGGUAACAACACCUUACUUGUGGACUGGCUGCCACAGAAUGACCUGCUAGGACACCCCAAAACAAGGCUCUUUGUAGCCCAUGGAGGCACAAAUGGUGUUCAGGAGGCCAUCUACCAUGGUGUUCCCUUGGUGGGACUGCCUCUUGUUUUCGAUCAGCCAGAUAACCUUUCCAGAAUGAGUGCAAAGGGAGCUGCUACCAUAGUGGACUUUUCCACAUUAGACCGGAACACCUUCCUGUCAGCCUUAAAGGAAGUCCUAUACAAGCCAUCUUAUAGGGAGAAUAUGCAAAGGCUUUCAAGGCUGCACAGGGACCAGCCAAUCAAACCACUGGACCGAGCUGUGUUCUGGAUCGAGUAUGUCAUGAGACAUAAAGGUGCUCCUCACCUGAGGACACAGGCCAGCAAACUGUCCUGGAUCGUUUAUAACUCUAUGGAUGUGGUUGUGACUCUUCUGGGAGUGAUAUUGUUUGCGACACUAGCAGGCAUUUCAAUCGUAAAGUUUUUGUGGAAAGUUAUUUUUUGUACAAGGAAAGUGAAACAUGAAUGACAAAAUCAAACCUGCAGUUAUUGACAGAGAA